GCCGGGCGGGGACAGCAGGGGCGUAGCGGCGGGAGGGGGCGGCCCGGCCCCGCGGCUUCCUCCCCGCGCUGUUGUGGUUCCGGGCCGGCCGCGGCAUGGAGCAGGCGGAGGGCGACGCCGAGAUGCUGGCGGGAGCCGACCCGGAGCUGGCGGCCACCAUGGGCUUCUCCGGCUUCGGGAAGAAAGCUCGCACUUUUGACCUCGAAGCCAUGUUCGAGCAGACAAGGAGGACUGCCGUGGAAAGGAGCAGGAAGGUCUUAGAGGCUCGAGAAAGAGAAAAGGAAGAACAGGCUGAAAAAGAACUUAAAAGUCAACACACUGAAUCAUUGGCUUCAGCCUCAAGUGCAACAGGAGUUCGGUCCACAUUAAAACCAAGAGACACAGCUAGUAGUGAAAGUGAAGACAGCUCAGAUGAAGAGUUAACUGGUCCUUCCAUGCAAUCCCAGACUUCUGUUCAAGGUCCAGUUGGUGGUGGUGAUGAUGACGAUGAUGAAGAAUUCAUUGGACCACCGCUUCCACCUGGGUUCAAGGAUAGUGAUGAUGAUGAUACAGAAGAGGAAGAUAAUAACCCUGUCAAGAAAAUUCCAGAUUCUCAUGAAAUUACACUCCAACAUGGGACAAAAACAGUUUCUGCUUUGGGAUUGGAUCCUUCAGGUGCCCGUUUGAUAACUGGUGGAUAUGACUACGACGUUAAAUUUUGGGAUUUUGCUGGAAUGGAUGCUUCUCUCCAGGCUUUUCGGUCACUCCAGCCUUGUGAAUGUCACCAAAUCAAGUCUUUACAGUACAGCAGCACAGGAGAUGUCAUUCUGGUUGUCUCUGGUAACUCUCAGGCAAAGGUGCUUGACAGAGAUGGUUUCCCAGUAAUGGAAUGCAUAAAAGGAGACCAAUACAUUGUGGAUAUGACAAACACCAAGGGUCAUACAGCAAUGCUUAAUUCAGGCUGUUGGCAUCCAAAAAUAAAGGAAGAAUUUCUGACAUGUUCUAAUGAUGGAACUGUGAGAACAUGGGAUGUUAACAAUGAGAAAAAACACAAGAACGUAUUUAAGCCACGAUCAGUUCAAGGUAAACGGGUCAUUCCUACAACUUGUACGUACAGCAGAGAUGGUAAACUUAUUGCAGCUGGCUGUCAAGAUGGCUCCAUCCAGAUCUGGGAUAGGAAUAUGACUGUACAUACGAAGUUCCACUGCAGGCAAGCCCAUGCUCCAGGCACUGACACUUCUUGCUUGGCAUUUUCCUAUGAUGGUACUGCCCUUGCGAGUCGGGGAGGGGAUGAUACUUUAAAGAUGUGGGAUAUAAGACAAUUUAAAAAGCCUCUUCAUUCAGCUGAAAGACUGUCCAGCUUCUUUCCAAUGACUGAUUGCUGUUUUAGCCCAGAUGAUAAAAUACUUGUCACAGGAACCUCUGUUAAGAAAGGUGGUGGCAGUGGGAAGCUGUUCUUCUUCGAUCGGGAGACAUUUCAGAAGUUGUACGAGAUAGAAGUUACAGAUGCGAGUGUUGUGCGUUGCCUUUGGCAUCCCAAGCUGAAUCAGAUCAUGGUUGGUACAGGAAAUGGACUGGCAAAAGUGUACUAUGAUCCUGUUAAAAGCCAGAGGGGAGCAAAAUUAUGCGUGGUCAAAACAAAAAGAAAAGAGAGACAAGCAGAGACUCUUACUCAGGAUUACAUUAUAACACCCCAUGCACUUCCCAUGUUCCGUGAACCACGACAGCGAAGCACCAGGAAACAGCUGGAAAAGGAUAGGCUGGACCCCAUGAAGUCUCACAAACCUGAACCUCCAGUAGCAGGACCAGGUCGUGGUGGCCGUGUUGGAACACAUGGAGGUACCUUGUCAUCAUACAUAGUCAAGAAUAUUGCUCUGGAUAAGACAGAUGAUAGCAACCCUCGAGAGGCUAUUUUACGUCAUGCAAAGGAAGCAGAGGAGAAUCCAUACUGGGUUGCUCCAGCAUAUGCUAAAACACAGCCAAAAACAGUUUUUGCAGAAGUGGAACCAGAAGAUGAUGAAACAGACAAGCCAGAAUGGAAAAAACGUAAAAUUUGAAGAAUUUGGUAUAACGAAUACUUCAAAAGCAUUUGAAACAAAGUGCAACAUUUCGUUCUUUUCUUUUUUUUUUUUUUUUUUUUUUUGGUUUUUGGGGCAAAAUUUGAAAGCAUAAAAUACUUCAGUUAAUAAAAACUUGCUACAGUGUAAAAGGGAAUGUAUUACAAUGGAUUGUAAUCCCACAUCUGAAUUUAUAAUAAGGAAUGAAUUAUUUUAUGGAAAGGAGAACUCUUCCCUGUCAGUUAUUUAACUUCAUGAUUUAAGAGAAAAAUAUUUGUCUCUCUAAUUUUUAAUAGAUCUCUAGUGAGUCCAGUGUUUUACCAAAUGUUUUUUGUUUUUUUUUUUAAAGCCAACUUCACUAAUACUUUGUCACAACAGUGUACAGUGAUUUUGAGUACAUAAAUAAAAUAAUACAGUUUCUCAGGCUUCUUUUUAUUUUUUCUAGUAAGGUGUGAUAAGCUAUCCCAAAUAAAGAAAGCUUAUACUUUCAUUUAGAUUUACUAAUGUGAAAUAGUCCACUUUAGUUCACUUGUGUUUAAAUUUUAGAAAAAAAAAUCUAGUGUUUUUCCUUAAAUAAAUGACAUUCCUUUUAAGAAUGUGUAGUGUUUCACAGUAGGCAAUUUAUAUCGCUUUUAUUUUUUAAAAAUGUAAAAUAGGAGUGAACAAUUAUAGAUUUUGUUUUAAUAAAAACAACAUAUGUUUGUUGCCUAACUGAUUUUGUUCAGGCUUCUUCUCCCUAUUAGUUUGUAUUGAUUAGCAUUAGAUAGAGCAGACUUAUGUUUAUUACCAAGUCUUUGUAUAUAUUGAUAUUGUUGUAUGCCUGAAUUAUGUACAUCUUGGCUCACGCUCUGAAAACUGAUACCAUCCUUUAUAAAGUCUCUUACAGAAGUAUUAAAAGUUUGAAGUUUUUAACAUGGAAUUGCAAUUCUGAAUUUAAUAAAGUGAAGGACAAAUUUAAAACCAAUGUCCUUUAGGGAAAGAGAAAUGAACCUAUGUUAGAUUUAGGCAUUUAUAUUGUGAUUAUAAUAACAUAUAAUAAGUAUUGUGAUUAGAAUAGUAUGCAAUAUAGCAAGUGCUCUGCAUUUGCACAAGUAGAGAGCAAGAGACAUCAUAACAAUCAAGCUUUCUUAAUUAUGAAUAGAUCUGAAGGCAUAAUUUAAGGCUAUAUUUAACCAGCACUUAAUCACCUUCCUAACUUGUAAGUGUGUGGUCCUGAUAGAAUCAGAAGAACUUAUUUUUUUUCCUUACAGCAUUGUUCUGCAUCACAAUUUUAUUGUAUCAUUUCUUUUUCCAAACUUAUCUUUUUCUCAAAAAAACAUUUCUAUACAUUAGGGAAAAGUAAGCCUGACCUCAAAAAGUGUUGUGAGCAUUGGUGUAACAUUCCGAAAAUUAAGUAUUUCCACAGCUUUCACUCAAUAUAGUCUUUUGAUAAGAGUGAAACCUCACUAAAUAAUCCACAACUUGUCUUUCUCCCUUGUAAAAAAUGUUUUAGUACAUACUUAUCUAGAAUAGCAAGUACAUGCUUAGUUUACAGUUACAGCUGUAAUAUGUAGAACAAAGGACUUAAUACCUAGGUAAGCAGUAAAUGGAGGAGAAAAAGAAGUAGAAGAUGAAGAGCAGCAGUUGUCAAUGCAACCUGCUAAAGACCUCACUGUGCAAUGUUUCCCUCAGCAAAUUAAUGUCAAAUGGCAUUGUUUCAUUUAAGGCUAUUUUUUAUCUUUUCUUUAUUCAUAUAAUUCACUAGAAAAUAAAGCAUUUUCAAAUAAA